UCAUACCAGAUCGACUCAGACGGUGCGUCGCAAGUGUAACCCCUAUACAACGCUCGCUACCCCGUUGUCCGCCUGCCGGCGCACAAUGCUAACCUGUUCGUUUCUCCCGUCUCCUCGCAGUCAAUGUCAGGUCCGCGGCAAAAUCACUUGCUGCUAAUGUCAUGAGUUACUAUCAUGGAACCGAUCCUGGAGGAAUACCUGGUAUCCUGCCCGGUCCUCCGCCUGCCGGCGACUACUACUGGUGGGAGGGGGGCGCUCUCUGGGGCACGAUGAUCGAUUAUUGGCAUUACACCGGCGAUACCACCUACAAUGACCUGGUCACCCAGGCCAUGCUUUUUCAGACCGGCCCUAACAGAGACUACAUGCCUCCUAAUGUUACUGCUUCGCUAGGCAAUGACGACCAAGGGUUCUGGGGCAUGUCUGCUAUGCUAGCCGCCGAGGUCGGGUUUCCGGACCCUCCCUCGGACCAGCCCCAAUGGCUGGCUCUAGCCCAGGCUGUCUUCAACACCCAGGCAGAUCCUGGCCGGCAUGACGAUACCUGCGGUGGCGGAUUGCGAUGGCAGAUUCCUUUCGCCAACAAUGGCUACAACUACAAGAACAGCAUUGCCAAUGGCUGCUUCUUCAACCUGGGCGCCCGAUUAGCGCGCUACCUCCACAAUUCGACGUACGCCGACUGGGCCGAGAAGUCUUGGGACUGGGUCCAGAGCGUCGGGUUGAUGAACAGCGAGUACAAGAUUUUCGACGGGGCACAUGUCGAGUCGAACUGCACGGAUAUCAACCAAGCCCAAUUCUCAUACAACAAUGCUGUCUAUCUCUUGGGGGCGGCGUAUAUGUACAACUACACGGAUGGCGACUCGAAGUGGGAACAACGGGUCAGCGGCCUCGUCGAUGCUACCAUCCGCGACUUCUUCCGCAAUGAUGUCGCCUACGAAAUCGCAUGCGAAGAUCAGAUGACCUGCACGACGGACAUGCUGAGUUUCAAGGGCUAUUUGCAUCGAUGGAUGACCACCAUGACCCAGGUCGCUCCCUUCACAGCGGACAAGGUGUUGCCUGUCUUGCGGAGAUCAGCCCAGGCCGCGGUAAAUCAAUGCACCGGCCCGCCAGACGGAAAGACUUGCGGAUUCGGAUGGGCAAGCGGCACUUUCGACCAGAGCGUUGGCGCCGGCCAGGCUAUGAACGUAUUGGGCGCGGUGUCGUCUCUCCUUGUCUCAGGGUCUAGGGCACCCGUUACCAGCGAUAGCGGAGGCACCAGCGUCGGUGACCCGAAUGCCGGCGCAGGCAGCGACUCGUUUAUCCGAACGCCGACGCCUAUUACCACGGGAGACCGAGCCGGGGCCGGUAUCUUGACUGCCUUGGUCCUCGCAUCGGCAAUCGGGACCUUCACGUGGAUGAGUAUCGGAGGGUAAAGCGAUAGUUGCGAUGUCACCGAUACGAACUACUACCAACGACGGUAGACUCCGAU